GCGCGGACAAGGUGCGGCGAGGGGAGGAGGUUCUUUUCUCUGAUCAGCGACGGAAGUAGAAGGGGAGGAUUCACAUUUUGGAAACUUCAGGAUCUGAGAGCAUUAUCCAAUAUAUCAUAACCACAUGGAGGGGAAAUGUGCUGUUCACAGUGAAGAGAAACCAUACAUAUGUCCUGUGUGUGGACGGGGUUUCAGCCAAGCCUCUGGGCUGUCGAAGCACAAAUGGAGCCAUAAAAGGGAGAAACCAUGGAAGUGCGGGGACUGUGGCAAGGGGUUCCGAUUCCCGUCUGAGCUGGAAACACACCGGCGCAGUUACACUGGAGAGACCCCAUUCGUCUGCUCCGUGUGCGGAAAGGGAUUCACUCAGUCAUCCCACCUCCGGAGACACCAGCGAGUCCACACCGGGGAGAGGCCAUUCAUCUGCCCUGACUGUGGAAAUGGAUUCACUAAUUCCUCCAACCUGCUGGUGCACCGGCGAGUCCACACCGGGGAGAGGCCGUUCACCUGCUCCGAGUGUGGGAAGGGGUUCACUCUGUCAUCCAGCCUGUCGACACACCAGCGGAUCCACACUAGGCAGAAACUGGAGAGUGAUCAUUCACAUGCUUCAAGUGUGGGAAGAGAUUCAGUCAAUCAUCCCAACUGCUGAAACACCACCAAGUUCAUUACUGACUGCAAUGAUGGGAUAUUGCUGUCAGUCACUUCGAUGCUCAUUGGGAUCUGUUUCUACUUAUGUUAAUAAACUCCAGGCUAGGGCAAUGUUCUGGGGGGGCUAGGGGUAGGGGUAGUAUCACUGAACUAGUAACCAGAGCACCAGGUUAAUGUUCUGGGGACAUAGAUUUGAAUCCCAUCAUAGCAAAUGGUGAAAUUUGAAUUCACUACAUAUUUGAUUAAAAGCUAGACUAGCAAUUAGCAUGUAACUAUCAAUCAUUGUAAAAACCCAUUUAAUUAGUGACGAAAAUCUGCCCUAUUUAUUUGGUCUGAUAUACAUGAUUAGAUUAGAUUAGGUCCUCGACAGUGUGGAAACAGGCCCUUCGGCCCAACCAGUCCACACAGACCCUCC